ACUUGGCAACCCUACUGUGCUACAACACAGCUACAACAUGACUAUACUGAAACAAGAUUUGAGAUCAGGAUUUACCUGAGCUACAUGUUCCCCGUGUGACCUAUAGCCCAUACUUUAUUAAUUUAGGACUACACAUUGAGGCCUUGUGUCUUAGCAUGAUCUCUACUAUCUUGAAUGCUGGUAUAUUCAGAAGACUAAAUACAGGAAAAGAAGCCUCUGCUCAAUGUGGAUUACCCUCCAAGAAAGUAGAGUACUAAGAACACAGCAACCCAUCCUGAAUAUUUUGAAGUUGGAUCAACAGUUGGUAGGCAAUACCAAAAGGAAGACAAGGAUAGAAGAAACUGAAAUGAAGACAAGGAUACAAGAAACUGAAACGAUAAAUCUUUGUGAUGAGAGAAGAAUGGAAGAAGCAACAGCAACAAAUGCUCUGGAAGGCUUGAAUCAGGACAGAUCUGCCAGCAGUUCCACCAUGUCAGACAGUGACAUUGGGGAAGAAGAUGGGAUCGUAUCUCUGGAUCUGUCACAGGCUAUUAAGAGGAAGCGAAGGGGAAAUCUUCCAAAGGAGUCGGUGAAGAUUCUCCGGGAUUGGCUGUAUGAGCACAGGUUCAACGCAUACCCGUCUGAGCAAGAGAAACUCAGUCUCUCCGGACAGACAAAUCUUUCUGUUCUCCAGAUCUGCAAUUGGUUCAUCAAUGCCAGGCGCAGGCUUCUUCCUGACAUGCUGCGGAAGGAUGGCAAGGACCCCAACCAGUUCACCAUUUCCCGUCGAGGCGCCAAAGCCAACGAUGUAGCGCUGCCCCGUGGUGCUGUCACCAGCUCUGGCUUGCUGAUGGUGCCUCCUGCCUCCACGGCCACCACCGCCUCCAAGGUGCUGUCCAUGUCGGUGUGCCCUUCCAUGAUCUGCCACGCUGCACAGCCUCUUGCUGGCAACUUGACUGUUGUGACAAGUGAGCAGGAGAAACAGUCUGCAUUCCAGCGGGUUGAGCUGGAUUCUCACCCCAAGCAGCCGCAGCUUAGUGCAGUGGGCAACACCCUGGCCCUUCUGACCAGGGCAGAUGCAGCCAGUCCCACAAAUGGACUCUUCAACACACCCCCUCCGACACCGCCGGAGCUCUUUGGAGAGGACUUCAGUAGCUUCCAGCUGCUGGUGGAAGUAGCCUUGCAGAAAGCAGCUGAGCUCGACUCGGAGAGGUUGAAUGGGCAGCUCCCUCCCUCGCUGCAGAGGGAGUCUCCCUCUGCUGUCCUCUCUGAAAACUCCAAGUAGCCCACUCUGGCCUAGUUCCUCCUUGGAGGGUCUCCUUUCUUCUUCCAGGUUCUUUUUUUUUGGGUUGGCCUCUGCAGUGAGGGGCCACCUACCAGAGGUUAACACUGUGACGGCUUCCUCUCAACCAGGAGUAUGGCCAAAGAAGCCUGCCUUGUUUUUGGCGCUGUGCUGUCGAUUCAUCUCUUAAGCCAGCCACUUGACUUGAUCUUACAAAACCCUCUUCCCUCCAAAGACAAUGCAGCAUCCUCUGCUUGGCAGAAACACUUUGAGUCCUACAAGUCCCUUCCUCUUGAAGCCAUGUGGAGGACACCAUCUUUGGCCAUGCACACCGGAAUCACGCACAGAAGCUUCUUGUAAGGGCUCAGGUGCUCUGAGAGAACACUGUUGCUGGCUGAUGCUUUUUACUGGGACUAGUUAUGCUGUGGAGGAAAUAUGCACAGUCCCUCCGCCAUUUUCUUUCUUUCAACGCUUGUUGACUUUUUGAAAAAAGAACAAAAAAGGGCCUUUCUGGUAAUGGAGAGAACAUAAAAAACAAGUAUUGUUUUAAAAAAGAAAAAGAAUUGCCGUGUGUUUCUCUUGUCAGGCCUUUCUGAUGUGUAUUUUUUGAAGAUUUUUUUGGGGGGAUAUGUGUGUGAUUUUUUUUUUUUAACUGCGGCAUUUCUUUGCGACAUACUCUCUGUAUGGUGUGACUGACAGUGGCUGGUUCCUUCUUUCACAUCCAGCGAGAGUCCCUGUGAUGACCUGGAAAUGUUAACUGUUAGGGGCAUUGUUUUCCUGCACAUACACUGUGGGGGUGGGGGGGGGGGAAUCAUAACCCUGUGAAUAUUGAUGCCAGUAAUGUUGGUAUGGUGCUGUUGAACAAUUUUGUAAGUGCUGGCAGAAAGGUACCUGUUGUGGGGGGCAGCAGGAACUAACCCCCCUUUUUCUAUGGUGCUUUCUUCCCUCUGUGUUUUCUCCUAUAUGAUGUCUAGAGAUCUGUAGAUGGGACUACAGAUCUGUGGUGGGACAGUGCUGACCAAAAGCAGUAGAGGGCAUUUUUUUGGGGGGGGGGGGGAGGGAAUAGGAAAUAAGAUUGCUGACUGUGAAGUUGCUUUAACACCCCCCCCCCCCCUAUUGAACUGUCUGCUGUCUUGCAUGAGGGCAUUUCCUGGAAGUCUGAGUGUCUUUAAGGAUGCGAUGACAAAACAAAACAAAAAAACUACCUAUCUGAAAUGCAUCCCAGUUCUUGUUCUGUAUCCUUGCUUUCGUCAUGCUGAAUGUAGUUACUCCUUUGCUGAUGGAGCAAGGGCGCUCUCUAGAGGCCAGGAAGGGAAGUUGAACAGAGCAGGGUCUUCCUUGAUGAAUCACAACUCCUCUGGCGGGCUAAAGCUGACCCUGAAAUCUCUAUGUGAAUUAAUCUGAAAUGUACAAUGUAUCUGCAGCCCUGAUAGAAUUUUGUGCCCAGCGAUAGCACAGAGUUGCAUAUUAGAGAAGUAUGUCUUGGGAUUUAGGGGAGGAAAGCUGUGGUGGCUAGUUUGCUUGCUCAGCAGUUAUGUCCAACUUUUGUUUGUUUUGUACCGCCUUUGGCUUGAGACUCAUGAGUAUGCAGAACAUGGAGUAACCCUGGGCAACACAAUUCAAGUCGCCUGUGCUAAAUAGUGCUGUUUCACUGUAAAUGUAAGUUAAAUAGUGAUCUAUAUAUAUACACAUCUAUAUAUCUAUCUUGAGAAACACUAAUUUUAGAAGGCCUUAGCCUAAUUAUUAUGUUGCAUGAAUAGUAAAAAUAAGCCCAGGAGAAUGCAACUUUUCAGAUUUUUUUUUAAACCAGGUGUAUGGACCUGAUGUUGAUGGGUAUCUUGGCGAUAAGGAAGGCAAGCAGUGAGCACAUUGGGGAACUGGAACCAGAAGUGCAAGACUACUUCAUUUUUUAAAAAACCCCAUAAUUCAGAGUGCCUUCUUUUUCAACAAAACAUGGAUUUAAGGCUAAGAUUGUUGCAACCUACAUUUGCUGCUGCUGGGCAAAUGGUUGGCCAUUUCAGCCUUCACAAUGCAAUCUUAAAGCAGAGUUGCACCUUUCUAAGCCUGUUGAUUUAAACGGAGCCACCAGGUGUAACUUAGGGGGUUGCACUGUUUGUCUCUGUGUAACUGUGUUUAAAAGCUGUCGUUCUUAAUGUUAAGGCUGAAGCCUUACAAAUCCAGUUCCCACGAUACACUGCUCCUUGUUGACCACAGUGGCUACACUGCUGUACCUUUUUUUUUUUUGUCUGAAUGUGGUGGAGAUGCUGUUUUAGAUGGGAUGGAAAGUUUAAAAUAGAAAAUAUUCUUUUGACUGUAGUUUAUGGAGCAAAAAAACCCUACUGUAAAUAACUUUUUGGAUUUUUUUAAUCAAUAAAGUUUUUUUUAAAAUACA